AUGAAUUUACAUUCUACAGAUGGAACAGCUCUUGAAUCAGAGAAACCAGUCAUAUAUACUGCAGAAGAAAUUGAAGAAGCUACAAAUAACUUUGAUGAAACUAGGAAAAUUGGAGCAGGCGGAUAUGGAAGUGUGUACUUUGGAGUAAUAGGAGGGCAGGAGGUUGCAAUAAAGAAGAUGAGAUCUAACAAAUCCAAAGAGUUCCUUUCGGAGGUUAAAAUUUUAUGUAGAGUUCAUCACAUAAAUGUGGUGGAACUAUUGGGUUAUGCCAGUGGGGAUGACCACCUUUACUUGGUUUAUGAAUACAUUCAAAAUGGAUCACUUAGCGAUCAUCUUCAUGAUCCAUUGCUAAAAGGUUACCAGCCCCUCUCUUGGACAGCAAGAACACAGAUAGCACUGGAUGCUGCAAAGGGAAUUGAAUACAUUCAUGAUCACACGAAAAAGCGCUAUGUGCAUCGAGAUAUAAAGAGUAGCAACAUUCUACUUGAUGAGGGAUUACGAGCAAAGGUUGCAGAUUUUGGAUUGGCAAAGCUCAUUGAACGAACCAAUGAUGAAGAUUUAAUAGCAACUCGGCUGGUUGGAACACCUGGCUAUCUUCCUCCAGAAUCUGUGAAGGAGCUACAGGUGACCACCAAAACUGAUGUAUUUGCAUUUGGAGUGGUACUAGCAGAGCUGAUAACAGGCCAGCGUGCACUUGUUCAUGACAACUGGGAGCCAAACAAGAUGAGAUCACUCAUUACAGUAGUUUACAAAAUUUUUGAAGAUGAAGAUCCAGAGAGUGCCUUAGAAAAUGUAGUAGAUAGAAAUCUUCAGGGUAGCUUCCCCAUGGAUUAUGUCUACAAGGUUAGCCCUACUUAUUACGUUUUUGCUCAUAUGGCAGAAAUUGCAGACUGGUGUUUGAGCGAAAAUCCAGUCAAUAGACCAGAAAUGCGAGAUAUAGUUCCAACACUAUCUAAUAUCAUGUCAUCAUCAGAAGAGUGGGAAGCAUCACUAGCAGGGAACAGCACAGUUUUUAGUGGAAUCUAUAAUGGAAGAUGA